GCACACACACGCCGAGGCACCGCAUCUCGCGCGCGCCGCCCCUCGCCUGCCCCUGCGACGCCGCACGCCGCUCGCGCGCCCGAGCGCCUGGCCGCCAGCAUGCCGGCGGCGCCCGCCGCCUCGUCGUCGCGCUCCACGCACUCGUCCGGCUCCGACGGCGAGCGCGACGCCGUGUACGUCGAGUCGCGCGCCAGCCGCGAGCGCCUGCGGGCCGCUUCCUCGUCCGGCACGUAUGCCGAUCGCCGCAGCGAGGAUGACGACGAGGACGCAGAGGAGCGCCGCGAGCUCGAGGAGGAGGGCGAUAAGCUGUACGGCGCCACGCUCGGCGUCGGCGGGCCGCAGGGGCGCGGCGAGGUGUGGCUCGGGCGUGGCGGGCGCGCCAUCGGCUCCCUCGGCAGCGCCGCUGCGUCUGUCGCCGACCUGGCGCUCGGGCCGCGACCAACAGACGACGAACAGGAACGGCGCCGGCAGUACUGGCGUGCAGCCGUCAUCAACGUGGCGCUCAUCCUCAGCUGGUACUUCUUCAGCACGAUCAUGAACCUCUACAACAGCUGGCUCUUCUCGCGCAAGCACCACGCCUUCUCCUAUCCGCUCUUCGUCACGUCGUGCCACAUGGCCGUGCAGUUCGGCCUCAGCCUGGCGCUGCUCUCGGCGUGCCAGUCGUGGGUGCCGCGCGGGCGCAAUGGCAAGCGGCUGCGGCCGAGCAGCUCGGACUGGGGCACAAAGGUCGUGCCAUGCGCAGUGGCCACUGCUCUUGACAUCGGUCUCUCGAAUCUCAGCCUCAAAACGAUCACGCUGACGUUCUACACCAUGUGCAAGUCUUCGAACCUCGCAUUUGUGCUGUUCUUUGCCUUCCUCUUCGGGCUCGAGAAGGUGCGGCUGAGCCUGAUCGGCGUCAUCGCUCUGAUCACAGUCGGCGUCAUUAUGAUGGUCGCGGCCGAGACAGAGUUCGUCUUCGAGGGCGCAGUGCAGGUGCUCUCGGCGUCUGCCUGCGGCGGUCUGCGCUGGGCCCUGACGCAGAUCCUGCUGGACCGCGAGGGCAUGGGCAUGAGCAACCCGGUCGCGACGAUCUUCUGGCUGGCGCCCGUCAUGUUCGUCAGCAUGCUGAGCGUCAGCGUCAUGAUCGAGGACUGGCCGGGCCUCUUUGGCGGCAAGUUCUUUGCCACUGCCGGUGAGAGCUUCAAGACUCUCGGCCUCGUUAUGGCGCCGGGCUUCGUUGCGUUUGCGAUGAACCUCAGCGAGUUUGCUCUGAUCCGGCGCACGUCCGUCGUGACGCUGUCCGUCGCGGGCAUCUUCAAGGAGGCAUCCACGAUUCUGCUCUCCUCGUCCGUCUUCGGCGACCGUCUCACGCCGGUCAACGUGUCGGGCCUGAUCAUUGCGCUGCUCGGCAUCGGGCUGUACAAUUACCUCAAGUACCGCCUGCUCGUGGUCGUCGGCGCUGCGGGUGCCUCCGGCGCCGAGACUGGCGCGUACGAGCCACUGGCGCGGGACCGUGGCGGCGCCGCCUCGCUCGGUGAGCACGGCCGGCGACUGUCGGACGAGCGCGAGGUCGUGGCCGAGGACAGCGGCAGUCUGGCGAUGAGCGAGCGCGACGAGGUGCUCUCCGAGGCCGAGCUGGAGCGACGGCGGAAGCGCGACGAGGAGGCCGAGCUCAGCGGCGGCGGCACGUGGAAGACGGGCCAGGGCUUCUUCGAGGACAGCGACGAAGACUAGAGCACACACACACAUCACACUCAUUGGCUAAUUAACUCAAGUGUCACCGGC